AUGACUGACUGCCAAACGAAGGUUUCAGCCCCACGGCGAGUGGACCCCCCAGCUAUUAGUUUGAGGCCGUGCUGUGCCCAAUGUCGUAUGCAUGCAUUCUUGCCCGUCGCCAUUUACGGCAAGUGCUCGAGUCGACGCCUGCCACUCAAACUGUGCUUUUUGAAGAUUUAA